AUGGAUGCACAUAUUGAUGCAUUUGCGUUGAACAUGGCAUAUGCGGAUCCCACGAAUGAACCGGCGCUUGCAAUGGCAUUCCCUGUCGCGGAAGCCCUGGGGUUCAGGCUUUUCUUCUCGUUCGACUACGCCGGUGGCGGCCCAUGGGACAUGCAAGAUGUGAUCAGCUUGAUCAGGCAGUAUAGUUCGAGCUCGAGCUAUUGGUAUUAUAACGGGCAGCCGUUUGUGUCGACCUUUGAGGGCCCUGGAAAUUCCAAGGAUUGGGUCACAAUCAAAAAGGAUACUAAUUGCUUCUUUAUUCCUGAUUGGUCUUCGCUAGGUGCCAAGGCAGCUUUGGAGUUGAAAGCUGCAGAUGGGUUAUUCAAUUGGGCAGCAUGGCCCUGGGGCAAUGAAAACAUGAACACCUACGUGGACGCCUCUUACUUUCAGUACCUGGAAGCUGCUGGUGAUCUUCCCUACAUGAUGCCAGUAUCACCAUGGUUCUACACCAAUCUACCCGGAUACGACAAAAACUGGAUGUGGCGUGGUGAUGACCUCUGGCAUGAUCGCUGGGUCGAAGUUUGGUAUACCCAACCUGAAUUUGUGGAAAUCAUCUCGUGGAACGAUUACGGCGAGUCCCACUACAUUGGACCGCUGCGUCCUGAUGCCAUGGCGGCCUUUGAUAUCGGGAAGGCCCCUUUCAACUACGCAGCUAAUAUGCCUCAUGAUGCCUGGCGUCUUUUCCUUCCGUAUUACAUUGAUACUUACAAGAAUAAUAUUUCCGAGAUACAACAGGAAGGUCUCGUCUCCUGGUAUCGCCUGGAGCCCGCCGCCGCUUGCCCUAGUGGUGGAACCUCUGGGAAUACUGCCAGCCAGCUUCAACUUGAAUUCGAGCCCAAGGAUAUUGCUCAAGACAUGAUCUUCUAUUCGGCCCUUUUGACUUCCCCUGCUGAAGUGACCGUGACAAUUGACGGCCAGACCCAAUCUGGCACAUGGGAAUGGGCCCCAAACUCUCAGAUCGGAGGAGUCGGGGUCUACCAUGGCAGCGUGCCUUUUAAUGGCUUGCUUGGUGAAGUUACUAUCACCCUUUCUCGGGGCGGCGAAACCAUCAUGUCUAUAGAAGGCCCUGCUAUCACUGAUACUUGCCCCCAUGGCAUUGCAAAUUGGAAUGCGUGGGUCGGCGGUGAUACCGGUCCUGUGGUGAGCGCCAAACCAAGCCUCAAACUGAAUGAGCAGGAGUGUAUCGCUGGAACCGGGGCCUAUAAUUUUGAGGGUCUGUGUUCGUUUGCCUGUGAGUAUGGCUACUGCCCAAUUGGUGCAUGUACAUGCCAACAACAAGGAGCACCCAAAAAAAAGCCGACCGCAACAUCAGUGACUGGAUACCCUCUGGCUGGAGAAGACGCAAGCUACUCUGGGCUAUGCAGCUUCGACUGUACCUAUGGGUACUGUCCUGAUACUGCCUGUGGAACGACAUCAGCUCCCUUGUCCAUUCCCACAGUCUCAGAUUUCUUGCCCCCGACUUGUGUCGGAGGUACUGGUAGUGGUGAAUUUGAAGGGCUAUGCUCUUUCAGCUGUCACUAUGGUUACUGUCCGAUUGACCUCUGCACCUGCACUGAACAAGGGGCUCUAAUUUUGGCUCCAUCCUCGACAUCAUACUAUGGUGUUGCAAUGGCCACCUCUACAACCCCUCCUUCUUUGGCAUUUCAAGGCCUUUGUAGCUUUGCCUGCGGCCAUGGUUACUGUCCAAAAGGGGCUUGCUACGAGGCAGUGAUCGAUAUUGAAACCGAUGAUAAUGUCAGUCUGGCUGGGUUCAACUGCAAGAAUCCAGUCGAAAAUGUCACCAGCAACCAGAUCCUGGAACAGUAUGUGGAAUGGGGCACUGCAUACAUUGACGAGUGGUUUCAGAAGAGUAAGUUAUGUCAAUUAUAA